GGUCAUAUACUCGGAGACUAAGUUGACAAGAGGAAUGUAACAUAUCAAGGAAUGUAUGUCGUGUUUAUGCUUUUCCAUUAACAAAGUCACCAGUACAUGCUAGUAGUGCAGUAUGGCCGCUAACACACACCUGUUCGGCGACAAGGAGACCAAUAAUUGGUUGAAAGCGUGCAUAGGACUCAAUGUUACGAAGGAAGGACUCGCUAACUUUCUUUGCGCAGAAUUACAGAAAGUACACACCAUUGUUGGUAGAAGUUGUGGAAACUGCCCAAUUGAAAACCUCAUACAAUGUCCGACAAACCCAUAUUGUAACAAGAGGAAACGGAAUUAUUGUCCUUUUCACAAAUCACAGAAACCGCAGCCAUGCCCAAUUUGUGAUAAUGUAAAACAUAAUAUCAUAUUACACCACAGAUAUGGUGGACCUUCCUGGAGGAACACUCGUGCAGAAAAGUGGGCGCUAAAUUAUUGGGAGAUAGGCAAAUGCUACCUCCCUCCGGACGGAUACAGCAGCAUUUCCUCGGUCCAGGAAUCGGACUUUAAUGGUGUGAUAAGCAUCAUGUUGAAUUGCCUACAUUUCCAGACAUGUCUCUCCCCCUUAUGUUUAUCACCUCCACCGCCUGAUAAGCAAUGUCCUCUAGAAAAGGUUCGUCAGAUUGGCCGAGAUGUGCGACACACAUCCGACUGCAAGGUUACAGAUGCUGACUUGCAGGACUAUUUCAAGACACUGUCCACGCUCCUGGCUGACCCACAAUACUUACAACAUGAUCCUUCAGCCAUCAUAGCAUGUACAAGACUUAGUGAUAUUCGUCGAGUUCGGUCUCAUCGACACUUCCAGUGUGUAUUGUACUAAAUAGUGCAAAUCCAGCCAAGUGUGCAGAUCCUCCACCACUACUGCCUUGCAUAGAAUGGAUUGAAUUGGAAUAUAUUACAUGUUCGUCUACCUGGCUACGCAGUCUGUUCAGCACAUUACUGACACUCGAGCAAAAUGCUGUGUGUGAACUGACGGAGGUCAGUUGUCAAGGUACAUUUAUUGAUUCCGCAACAUUAUUGUGUUUAAAGAAAACAUUAGCAUACAAUAGCGAUUCUUAUUUACAAGAGUGCAACGUUCUAUGGGAGGUUCUCCAUGGUCUGAAUAUAAAGAGCCUUAGUCUGGAUACAAGUGUUAUAAAUUGUGCAGACAUGAUGUCACAGUCACUUUCAUCGCUCACUCAUCUGGACACGCUUAGUAUUAGAGGGGAAUUUGACGAUUCCGGUCCGUGGCAGGGUCUCCAUGGUCUGAAUAUCAAGAGCCUGAGUCUGAGUGGUCAGGAUGGAGGUUUAAACGUAAAAUAUGCAGACUCGAUAUCCCAGUCACUUUUAUCGCUCACUCAUCUGGACACGCUUAGUAUUGAAGUGGGUUUUGACGAUUCCGGUCUGUGGCAGGCUCUCCGUGGUCUGAAUAUCAUCAGUCUGAGUCUGAGUGGUCUAUAUGGAGGUUUUAGCGUAGACUAUGCAGACUCGAUGUCCCAGUCACUUUCAUCGCUCACUCAUCUGGACACGCUUAGUAUUGAAGUGGAGGAUG